CCUCUCGUUUCCCACAAUGCUCAGCGGACAUCACCACCAAGAUGGCCGACGCUAUGGAGGAAUAUGAGAAAGAAGCUGGCUGCGUCCCUAUUCUCCAUCCCGAGGAAAUCAAACCCCAGAGUCAUUACAACCAUGGCUACAGUGAGAACGUUAGCCGUAAAAACCACGUGGAUGACUACAGCACCUGGGAUAUCGUCAAAGCCACACAGUACGGCAUCUUCGAGCGCUGCAGGGAGUUGGUGGAGGCGGGCUUCGAUGUUCGGCAGCCAGACAAAGAAAACGUAACACUCCUCCACUGGGCCGCCAUAAACAACAGGAUAGACUUGGUCAAGUACUACAUAUCAAAGGGAGCCAUAGUGGACCAGCUGGGAGGAGACCUCAAUUCCACGCCUCUCCACUGGGCCACCAGACAAGGCCAUCUAUCCAUGGUGGUGCAGCUCAUGAAAUACGGUGCAGACCCCUCUUUGAUUGACGGCGAGGGAUGCAGCUGCGUUCAUCUGGCCGCCCAGUUCGGCCACACCUCCAUCGUGGCCUACCUUAUCGCCAAAGGACAGGAUGUGGACAUGAUGGAUCAGAACGGCAUGACUCCUCUGAUGUGGGCAGCCUAUAGGACACACAGUGUGGAUCCCACCCGGCUGCUACUGACCUUCAACGUUUCCGUCAACCUGGGCGACAAAUAUCACAAGAACACAGCGCUGCACUGGGCCGUGCUGGCCGGCAACACCACUGUCAUCAGCCUGCUGCUGGACGCCAACGCUAACGUCGAUGCACAGAACAUCAAGGGCGAAACACCGCUAGAUCUUGCCAAGCAAAGGAAGAACGUUUGGAUGAUCAAUCACUUACAGGAAGCGCGACAGGCCAAAGGCUACGACAGCCCGUCCUACCUGAAGAGACUGAAGAUGGACAAGGAGUUCAGGCAGAAGGUGAUGCUGGGAACACCCUUCGUGGUCAUCUGGCUGGUCGGUUUCAUCGCUGACCUGGAUAUUGACUCCUGGCUGAUUAAGGGCCUCAUGUACGCUGGCAUGUGGGUCGCUGUGCAGUUCCUUUCCAAGGCUUUCUUCGACCACUCCAUGCACAGCGCUCUCCCGCUGGGAAUCUACCUGGCCACCAAGUUCUGGAUGUACACCACCUGGUUCUACUGGUUUUGGAACGAUCUCCCUUUUGCCACUGUCCACGUGCCCUUCCUGUUGAACACCCUGGCUCUGUUCUACAACUUUGGCAAAUCCUGGAAGUCUGACCCGGGAAUUAUCAAAGCAUCAGAGGAGCAGAAGAAAAAGACAAUUGUGGAACUGGCAGAGACAGGCAGCCUGGAUCUGAGCAUAUUCUGCAGUACCUGCUUGAUACGGAAGCCCAUCAGGUCCAAACACUGCGCCGUGUGCAACCGCUGCAUCGCCAAGUUUGACCACCACUGUCCCUGGGUGGGGAACUGUGUUGGAAGUGGAAAUCACCGCUACUUCAUGGGUUAUCUGUUCUUCCUGCUCUGCAUGAUCUGCUGGAUGAUGUACGGCUGCAUUUCCUACUGGAGGAUCCACUGCGCCACCAGUUACGCCAAGGACGGCUUUUGGCUCUAUCUGACCCAGAUCGCCUCCUGCUCUCCCUGGAUGUUCUGGAUGUUCCUCAACAGCGUCUUCCACUUCAUGUGGGUGGCGGUGCUCAUCAUGUGUCAGCUCUACCAGAUCGCGGCUUUGGGAAUCACCACCAACGAGAGGAUGAACGCUCGGAGAUACAAGCACUUUAAAGUCACAGCCACGUCCAUCGAAAGCCCCUUCAACCACGGCUGCUUCAGAAACCUCAUAGAUUUCUUCGAGAUCCGCUGCUGCGGUCUGAUCCGGCCCGUGACGGUGGACUGGACCACGCAGUACACAAUAGAAUACGACCAGACGUCUGGCUCAGGCUACCAGCUGGUGUAGAGGAAGAAGAGGGGGUGGGGGAGGAGCGGGGGCGGGAGGGGAGUCGAGUCUCGCCGGUUGGAAGGGAAGUUUGGACGGAUGGCCCUCCCCGCUCCCCUCCGCCCCGCAAACCAAUCCCCCCCCCGCCCCUCCUCCUCCCCGGCGUUCAUAUCAGAGCGAUGCUGUUCUCGGGAGCGCUUGCUUUUUUUGGACCAUCUCUCCCUCACCGAUCAAACGACUUUGGGGGAAAAAAAAAAGAAGAAAAAAAAAAUCAGCCAGGACUCGCAUGCUGUUACGGGGAAACACCACACCGACACCCCGCCCUUCUCUCCGCCCCCCCCCUCUCAAACCACCACCUUUACUACUAUUACUACUACUACUACUACUACUAUUCUACAGCAUCAGACUUCAUUACUGUACCUCCACUGCUAUCAAACCCCUCCACCUCGUCUCUUCUCCCGAGCCCUUUGGACGGUGCGUUGCUGCCAGGCACGAACGGAGAGGAGAGAGGCCGACGGACGAGAGGAUUUCCAAAGUACAAGCUCUUCUGUUUGUUCUGGAGACGUGACGCUGCACGAACAGCAGCGCCUUAAAGUGGCAGUAUCGUUCUUUCCCCCUCCCCCCCCCCCCCACUCUAUAUCCUUAUUUAUGGUGUCCCUGUUGAUGUGCCCUGUAUGCAUUUUUUUUUUUUUUUUAAAUUUUUGAUUGGUUCGGGAACUCUCGCUGUUCCUGAGAUAAAUACCUGUGGUGGCUAGGAACGCUGAAGGAAAGUCUGUUUUUCUUUUCUUUUCUUUUUUAAAACCAGAAUUUGUUUCCAAGUACGAUAGAGAUAAGGGAAUGUCUUUGUAAGGUCUUGAUUUUGCACCGUGAUGAAUUCUGAACCGUACUGAUGAGGAUUUGCCAACGUAGUUGAACUUAUCAGAGGAAAGUGUCGGAGCCGCUGGAGGAGUCCAGCCGCUCGCCUGCAGAAGUUAAAGCCGCAGCGUAGAAGAUAGCCGAGUGUUUCCCUGGCAGAGAAAUGGCGUGAAAAACGGUUGAGGUGCGGCCGUAACGCAGGAUUGAGUGCGCGAGUUGGGACUCCUCCAGCGCUGCGCCACAGUAGACGCGACAGAAAAUAUCCUACAGACAAUGUGAUACAGGUAUAUUUAUUUUAAAACUAUUUAUAGAUAAAAAAAAAAAAAAAGACUAUGUUCUAGCGCCAUCAUUUUUACAUUUUGCAUCAUUAUAGCUGAGUAGGUUUUUAUGAGAAAAAAAGUUAUAAACCAAGUACCUGUAGCUGUUUGACAUGGAAGCCGGGGAACUUUACCAUAAAACUCUAUAUAGACGGCGAGUGUAUUUAUUAACAGCAGAGUAUAAGAGGAAGACCACGCAGCAGGAGGACGGACGAGUUUACCAGAGAGGUUUCAUUCCAUGCGUGUUGUUUUUGUUCUCAAGAAGCUGUAAAGUCUUAUUUGUAUUGUUUGUCGUUUGUCUGCCUACAACAUUGCACUGAUCGUUGACUUUUUUUUUUUUUAAAUUUAGUGACUUCUUUUUUGUUUUUUGGCCGUUACUGAACACAAGGGCCCUGCGGCGCCGCUUCACGACGGCGCUUCCAUUGUUUACAGAGAGGAGGAGGAGGAGGGGCCCAUCAGACAUGGCCGACUCCCAUCACUUCCUGUCUGGACCCCCACACACACACACACACGUGCGCGCGGUCGGCUCCGCAGCAGCAGCAGCAGCAAGAUUGACUGAAGUGUAAAGAAUGUGCAUCUGUACAUAAACGAUAUCUUUCUCUGUAAUUAUUUUCUUUUCGUCAGUGUUAGUCGAAGGUGCUCCUGGAAACCUUUUUUUUAAAUUAUUUUUAAGUUUUGGGGAUUUCUUCCAACCGAACGGAACGAAGAAGAAUCAAGUGACUAUACUCCGAGUGUAUGACUGUAGCUUUUCGUGAUGUCCGACACUGCUGUCUAUAGGCAUUUUAACCCCUAAAUACCCAGAUUAUCGCCCCGCCAAGAGACUCCACUGCAUGUACGAUGCUUGGGACAGCUGGGCUCUCGCCGUCCCCGCCCCCCGUCGACUUGACCCCCAUCGUCAUCACCAUGGUGACAGCCCAGCAAGCCACGUGUCUGUAUAUAGUGAAUGUUAAGUAUUUGCAAGUACUUUUCUGCAUUACGUUCGUUUGUCCGUUUCUUUUCAUGAGUUUUCUUUUCUCUCGAAUCCAGUGUGUGUUUAGUGGAACUUUUUUUCUUUCAGGUUGCCAGAUGUCCAGUCAGGCCCUCCUGUGCAAGUGUGUAAUAUAUUUGAAUGUUCCAUGCUUGUGGACUCUGUAGUCAUCCUAAAGUUGUUGUUUUUUUUUUAAUUAUUAUUAUUUUAAUUCUCUGUCAUAUGCCGCUGGGUUUGUUAUACCACUGGAUGUACAAAUUGUAAAGCAAAGACACUAGAGAACUAAAGGCAGACGCCAAACUUUUUUUUUUUGUUUUUGUUUUCUAAACAGCUGAAAUGUGAUCAUGCAAUAGUUUUAAGGAUAAAGGGAGGUUAUAUUACAUUAAAAGGCCUCCGGAAAACUUUUUGGGCCUCAUGUUUGCAUCACCAGAAGGGGACGGUUAUGUCAUCAUUCUACAUGUCACCCCCCCACCCCACCCUCCCAUCUCGCUAACCAACCACUGAUGUCACUUCUGCCCUACAAAGACGACAACGCAGCAGCUACUUUCUGUGCACUUUAAAAGGUCAUGACUUGGCUGUAAAGUUCAUAUCGGUUUCAGUAACUAACCACUCCUUAAUGCCUUUUAAGUGACAGGAGGUAAAUGUGUGCGAGUUGGUUUUUUUUUUUUGGUUUUGUUUUUUUUCUUUUAAGGGCA